AUGGGGGGGCGCGGAGGAGGAGGAAGAAGAGGAGACGCCGGAAGUCGCGGCGGGGCUACGGGUCCCCCCGAGGGUCACUCCGCGCCGGCGGCGUCGUCCACCCGAGCGGCGGCCGGCGUCAAGGCCCGACGGGGUGGGCGUGGCGGCCGCCCCCAGCCCGCGCCCGUCGUCGCCUCCCGGAGCCGGAGUCUUGGGGCGCCGCCGCGUCGCCCCACCCCGCCACCCGCUGCCAUGAGCGAGCGCCUCCGCCCCAGGAAAAGAAGAAGAAAUGGCAAUGAAGAUGACCACCAUCUUCCACCUCAGACCAAACGAAGUAGUCGGAAUCCUGUCCUUCAUGAUUCCUGGGACACAGAGUCUUCCUGCAGUGACAGCGGCGGGAGCAGCAGCAGCAGCAUCAACAGCCCAGACCGGGGCAGCGGGCCCGAGAGCAGCUUGAACCCGCUGGGGGGCGUUGCCGGGUCCAGCCCCAACACCCCGCAGCCUGCGCCCGAGCAGUCGGCGCUGUGCCAAGGCCUUUACUUCCACAUCAACCAGACGCUGAAGGAGGCGCAUUUCCACAGCCUGCAGCACCGGGGCCGGCCGCCCACCUGACCCGCGGCCCUGCCUUCUGUGAAGGGACAGUGCCUGCGGACCGCAUCUCCCCACUGUGGAUGUCGGAGAAAUUGCACACAGAUGCCUGUUGGCUUUUCACUCUAUAUUUGAAAUUACAGCUUAACAGGCGGUUGUUUACUUGUGGUUUUGCUGCACUAUUGCAACUUCAAAGGGGCUUCGAAGCAGGUUUUUUUAUAGGAGUCUUUGGAGGGUGGGUCUGUCUCGAUCUCUGUCAAGGUUAACAGUAUAAGGAAAUCUCAUCUGCGUGUCGGAUCCAUAGUUUGUCCAGUUCAGACUGAUUUCCAAACCUGUCUGUCAAUUAGAUAUUCUACUUUCUGUAAAAAACAAAAACACACAAAAAAAAUGGGGGGUGCCUUUUAAAUGCGGGAUCUUCAAGUUUUUUAAUUCAAUAAACUAGUAAAGAGUAUCUAGUUUCCAUGAGAGAAAAAAAAAAACAAACCCUAAGUUUUCUUUGCAAAAACUGUAGAAAGCUUAAUUCAGUCUUGGGCUUGAAAGUGUCUGCCACAUUGCCUUAUCCGCAGAGGUCCUGGGGGAUUGGAACCCAGUCUGAUGGUGCCAGGAGUUGCCUCCCUCAGAACCCUGCGCACUCUCUCACACUGUCACUCUGUCUCUCUGUCUGUGUCUCACCUGUUUGCAGCUCAGACCCUCUGGGCCCAGUGACUGUUGGGGUUGGGCACAUUUAGGCCAUCUAACUCACAGGCCUUUGUUCUACCAGUUCACCUGGUGGUGCUGAGAUCUGGGGGGAGGGGUUGUUGUGGCCACCCCCCCCAAAACCGUGAGCUGUCAAGUAGAACUUGCUUGAGCCAGGGGCCCUAGGAUUGGGGCGAUGAAGGAGGAGAUGGAGAAGGACAUAGGGCACAGAACCAAACUUGAAAGGUGGCAGUUAGGAUAGGCCCACGCCAGGAACCAGCUUUGUGCUUCAGGCGGCCUUCUCAGAAGUGAAGCGACUUAGAAAGUACAUGGGCAGACACCCUGGUAGAAACAGGCAGUAGUGUUUAUUGAGUGCUAGAAAGACGGGAGGCGGCCAUGUUAUUUGGUCAUGCUGGAGAGCCAGCCGAGCUUGAAGAGUGAUGGCGUCGACGCAUCUUCCUCUUCACUGACAAGCUGUCGGAACAGGGCGCCGGGCUGCGGGGGUUCAGCUGCCUGGGAGAGGCCGGGGGCGGUUGCCUGUCAUUGGACAAUGGAGGAAAAGUGCCUUAGUCUCCCCCAACGCUUUGGCCCGCUCGCAUCCCCCCCCCCCCCCAACAACACACCACUCGAGAGCCCACACGGCACACGCGCAGAUCUGACAAGCGUGGACAGCUAGAGGUACGGGAUUUGAAAAGGACUUUGGGGGAUAGAACUAAACCUGGAAGGUGAAGAUCUGGAUUGGAAAAGGGCCAAGCCACCACCUCCUGGCCAUACCCUGCUCCACUGAGGGGCAGAGAAUGGCAAGGCCAGUUCUUGGAGAAUUUUGCACUGUGGGGAGAAAUUUGUCCUGGGGGUGGGAUCCAGGAGGUGCAGCCCAGAGCUUCCUUUCGCUGCCCUCUCGAGGUUUGGAAUCAGGAAGGUGACAGUAGAGGAAGGUUAAGAUGCGUCAUAGUUAGCAGUUCUACUUAGCACUAAAGCCAACAACUAAACGCUGUUUGAGCUCACAGACACGCAACAUGCCUCAGAAAUAUACCCAGGAAGACGAGGGGCAGGCUUAGUGGUCCGCAGCCCACUGAAACAAAAUGUGCAGUGACAAGAAAACUGAGAAAACGAGGAAGUGGAUUCCUUGCUGUUGUUCCCCACCCCGACUGGAAGAAACAGGAGAUGAGAUGAGCCGCCUUGGCCUCCAACCCAAACCCCCCCUUUUUCAAGUAAGCACGUCAGCCAGGCUUGGGGAGCAGUGGACUCUGGCUCGGUCAAAAAUGAGCGCCUUUCCAUCCUGUCCUCCAUCCUUCCUUCCCCCAAGAAAGUUCUAGUCUGAGGGACUCAAGGCCACCAUUGGGCAUCUCGGCUCGCUGGAAGACAUUGUACUGUGUGUAUUGCGCCACCAUUAAAAGCAGCAUUAUAGCGU